AUUCGGUAUAUGGUUGGCUUUAAGCAUAGCUGGAACUGUUAUUUUUGGGGUUUUCUAUGGCUUCUUCACUCCUUGGGUUUCAUCUUUUGAAGCCUUCAGACAUGACAACGAGUCCAAGAGAUUCUUUCAUUGUGUUGUGGAUGGAACAUGGGACACUGUCAAAGGAAGUUGCACUGUGGUCAGAUUUCUAUGAUUUAUGUUUCCAUUCAUAUCCAAGGAACUACGUGAAUCCCGUCUCCAAUGACCUCCAAACUCUACGGUUGCCGGGGCUUAUCGUCGUCGGAUUGUUGGGACUAAUCGUGGAUAUUCCCUUUUACACUGUAAUCGCCAUAGUUAAGAGCCCCUACAUGUUAUUUAAGGGUUGGUUUAGACUAACGCAUGAUCUAAUUAGCAGAGAAGGACCAUUCCUUGAAACAGUAUGCAUCCCCGUUGCUGGUUUGACAAUCCUCUUGUGGCCGAUCGUCGUUGUCGGGAGCAUAUUAAUGGCUAUAUUUUCGAGCUUCUUCAUCGGAUUGUACGGAUCGGUCGUCGUGUAUCAGGAAAGAUCAUUCAAGAGAGGGGUUGCGUAUGUGAUUGCAAUGGUUGCUGAAUUUGAUGAGUACACAAAUGAUUGGCUUUAUCUCAGGGAAGUGACUGAUUUCACAGCCAGGCCUUCAUAUAGAAAGAAAAAAGGGUCAGAAAUAGAGUAUUCAGUAGGAGGACUGGGUGGGAGAUACAGUUCAACAUCGGGUGAACCACCUGCAACGCUUAUGCCCACCUUAGCUCGUUCUGUAUCAGUUAGAGAAGCAAUCAAGGAAGUCAGAAUGGUUCAGGUAUGGACGAAUAUAAUGAAAUCAUGUGAAAUAAGGGAAAGGAACAAUUGGAAGCUGAAGUAAUAACUUCAUUAGAUCUGUUAGAAUGGUUGAAGGCAAAGAAUGGUAACGAAGCAGCCAUUAUCGAUAUUGGUCUCCC